AUGGCACCGCACAAGUCGCUGCUGACACUCGCGGCCGCCCUAUCGCCAGUCACUCGUUGCACCACCGAUCGCGACGUCGGUUUCCAGCUCACUCUCACCCAUGUCAACGGGCGCGUUGCGCCUGCGUACACCAAGCUGCAGCUCCUCACCCGCGCCGUCGGCCGGAGCAGAGUCCGCGUGGCCGUGCUGAGCGACAUCGCAGCGGCGGUGGACCCGAUCACGGCCGCGAGGAUCCUAGUGAGGGCCAGCCAGGGCGAGUACCUGGUGGGCCUUACGGUGGGCGCACCGCCGGUGGAGUACACGACCAUCGUGGACACCGGCAGCGACCUCGGCUGGACGCAGUGCGCGCCGUGCAUGCUGUGCUCCGACCAGCCCACACCUUUCUUCCAGCCAACCGGGGUGUUAUGCUCGGCUCAAAAAAAAAACGUACCGCCUCGUGCCGUGCGGGUCGCCGCGCUCCCCUACCCGUCGUGCUUCCAUGCGGUCUCUGUCUACCAGUACUACUACGGCGACUACGCCUCGAGUGCCGGCGUCCUGGCCCAGGAGGCAUUCACGUUCGGCGCCGCCAACUCGACCAAGGUCAGGGUGACCGGCGUCGCCUUCGGGUGCGGCAACGUCAACGCGGGCUACCUUGCCAACAACUCCGGCAUGGUCGGCCUCGGCCGCGGGCCGUUCUCGCUGGUCAGCCAGCUCGGCAAUUCCAAGUUCUCCUACUGCCUCACCUCCUUCCUCACGCCGGCGCCCAGCCGACUCUCCUUCGGCGCCAUGGCCACCCUCGACAGCACCAACACCAGCGACGGCGCGCCGGUGCAGUCCACGCCGUUCGUCCUCAACCCGGCGCUGUCGUCCAUGUACUUCCUGUCCCUCCAGGGCAUCAGCCUGGGGGACGCGCGCCUGCGCGUCGACCCGCUCGCGUUCGCCAUCAAUGACGACGGCUCGGGCGGCUGCAUGAUCCCCCCCCCCCCCCCCCCUGAAAUACAAACCCGCCGCCCCUUCCUCCCGCCGGCCACGCCCAUCGCCAGUCGGUCGUGCCGCGUCGCGCGCCGGCUGCGUCCCGUCCCCGCCAACCGCAUCCAUCACCAUGCCGGUCGCGUCCAGCUUCAUCGGUCGUGUCUUGUCGUCCGCUGGCAGUGUCCUGCUCUGUUGCUAGCCGCGUCGGUCGAGUCGUGCCUCUUUGUCGGCCAUGCCGGGAGGAUUUUGACAGCGAGGCCGAGGUCAUGGGAGGCCAUGACGAGUUGCGGCAUUGUCUUGGAAAGGUGUAGUUCCGAUUCCCACUUCGACCGCGCCAACAUGACGGUGCCGCCGGAGAACUGCAUGUUGAUCGACAGCGCCACGGGGUUCCUGUGCCUAGCCAUGGCACCGUCCGGCGACGGCACCAUAAUCGAUUUGUUUUGGGGAAGCAAUGCUUUCCAUAAGAAGCACAACAUGUGCUUCUGCCUGAAACAAAACUAUGCUUUCCGAAAAAAGAAAAGCACAUAUGUGCUUCCCUCAAAAAAGGGAAAAACUUGCGGCAUUGUCUUGGAAAGGUGUAGUUCCGAUUCCCACUUCGACCGCGCCAACAUGACGGUGCUGCCGGAGAACUGCAUGCUGAUCGACAGCGCCACGGGGUUCCUGUGCCUAGCCAUGGCACCGUCCGGCGACGGCACCAUAAUCGGCAACUACCAGCAGCAGAAUCUGCACAUGCUCUAUGACAUCGCCGACAGCCUCUUGUCAUUUGUUCCGGCGCCUUGUAACAUGGAUUGGCUUGCUCGGUCGACACAGGUGAAGACAGAGUCAGACCCCGACAGGGCGGCCACCGACGAAUGGGCAGACAAGGAAGACGCACGCCGACGGGCGGCCGUCGGUGGAGUGGACGGGCGACCGUUGGCGAAGCGGGCGGAGACCGAAUUCCUCCGCGAGCUAGAGCUUGGUAGCUCAUUCGAAUCAAUUCAGCCAGACGAGCUAGCUAGCUAG